AUGUUCUUCCGCGGAGGACUCAGCAUCCGGCGCAAUCUGUACUCGAAGGUGUUGCUGCUGCUGGCACUCGGGCUGUUUGCGUUGUUCUACUUCAAGAAUCUCAAUGGAUCACCGAACGCACUCGGGACCGACCCGGUACAGCCGCAGCAGCUUCCGAAAGCAGCGCUGGGGCUGGUGCAAAGCGACAGUCACGCCGGAGGCGAUGGUCAGUUGCUGCUGGCGGCCGAGGCAGCCCUUGGCAGCGUGCUGAACAAGGGUAACGUGCUCACCGGAAACAGCGACGCCCUGUUCGAGCAGCUGAUACGGGCCGAUCUGGCCAAGCAGCGGCCCGGGCUGGGCAACAACGGAGAGGGCGUCGAACUGACGGGGGACGCGAAGGAGAUCGGCGAGAAGCAGCUGGCCACGAUCGCUUUGAACGAGGAGCUGAGCGAACACCUGAGCUACAACCGGACGCCACCGGAUGGGCGACAUCCGGCCUGCAAGCGGAAACAGUACGACAUCGCCAGCCUGCCGUCGACGAGCGUGAUCAUCAUUUUCUACAACGAGCCUUACUCCGUGCUGCUGCGCACCGUCCACAGCGUGCUGAAUACGGCCGAUGCGCGGCUUCUGAAGGAGAUCGUGCUCGUCGACGAUGGCAGCACGAACGUGGAGCUCAAGGCGAAGCUUGACUACUACGUCAAGAGCCGGUUACCGGCGAAGGUGAAGGUGCUUCGGCAACGGCAACGUGUCGGACUGAUCAGGGCCCGCCUGGCGGGGGCUCGGCUCGCGAAAGCGGACGUACUAGUCUUCCUCGAUGCACACUGCGAGUGCAUGCCGCAGUGGCUGGAACCACUGCUCGAGCGGAUCAAGGAAUCGCACACCAGCGUCCUGGUGCCGAUCAUCGACGUGAUAGAGGCGAAAAACUUCUACUACAGCACGAACGACUACAACGACUUCCAGAUUGGAGGGUUCACCUGGGACGGACACUUUGACUGGCACGAUGUGACGAAGCGGGAGCGGGAGCGCCAGAAGCGCGAGUGUCAGGAGAAGGACGUCGAGAUCUGCCCCACGUACAGCCCGACGAUGGCGGGCGGUUUGUUUGCGAUCGCACGCGACUACUUCUGGGACAUUGGCAGCUACGACGAGCAGAUGGAUGGCUGGGGUGGCGAAAAUCUCGAAAUGUCGUUCCGGGUGUGGCAGUGUGGCGGAACGCUGGAGACGAUCCCCUGUUCCCGCAUCGGGCACAUCUUCCGGGACUUCCACCCGUACUCAUUCCCGAACGAUCGCGAUACCCACGGUAUCAACACCGUCCGGAUGGCCGUCGUGUGGAUGGAUGACUACGUGGAGCUCCUAUACCUGAACCGGCCCGAUCUGAAGGAUCACCCGGAACUGGGGGACGUGACGCACCGGAAGGUGCUGCGAGAAAAGUUGCACUGCAAGAGCUUCAACUGGUACAUGACGAACGUGUACCCGGAGAAGUUCAUUCCGACGCGCAACGUGCUCGCGUUCGGUCGGCUAGCGUCGCAAGCCGAUAGCCUGUGCCUCGAUACGCUGCAGCAGAACGCGGAAAAACCGUGGAAUCUGGGCAUCUACACGUGCUUCAAGCCGGAAGUGUCCGCUUCGCAGCUGUUCUCGCUCACGAAGCGCGGUGUGCUGCGUAAUGAGCGCAGCUGCGCGACCGUUCAGGCCAGCAAAUCGGAGUCCAAGUUCGUGGUGAUGAUACCGUGCAUCGACGAUGACGACAUCGACGACACGUGGGAGUUUACCGAGCAUCGGCAGUUGCGCCACAAGGAGUCCGGCCUCUGCCUGGACAGUAGUGAUCUGUCGACGAAGAGCUACGUACACGUAGCGACCUGCCAUCCGGGAAUCAAGACCCAGAAGUGGGAGUUUCAGCACCAGUAGUGGGCCCCGUAGUGUGUACGAGCGAGCGUGAGAGGCGAUGCGUGAAUGCGUGUUAGGAUAGCUAGGGAUGUAUCAAAUGGCAGGAUUUUGUUUUCCUGCGGCACCGCAAACGUGUACCGGUUUGGUGGUGGCACCGACGUCACUGAAUGCAUCACAACCCACUACCGUAGACUACUAUUAGUUCGCCCGUAAACUAAUACUACUAAUCGUACUUCGACUGGAAGCAAAACAUUACCUCGUUAAACGUUGAUAAACCUCGGGGAUGCGGAUAGUCGGGCGAGGGCAAUGGAAUGGUUCCCCGUUUCGGGUCUGGUUACGGUAUCAAUGAACUAACGGUGUUUUCGUAUGCAGGUUUCAGUUUUGAAUGUUAGCGUAGUGUAGCUUCCAAAAGUGCGUUCCAUUUUUUUCGUUAAAAGGUUAGUGAAGGUCGGAAGAGUAACUUAGAUCGGGAAGGGUGAAUCUUUUGCAUUUUCGGCAGAUUGAUUUUAAAACCCCCAACCAGCAGGAGUUCUAGAAAUCGAAGUAUUUUUUCUGCUCAAAACAUAGACAACUAAUUACCGGUAACCGCGGAACUGAAUGGACCUUUUAAGCUCAAACUAUAUGUAGGAAACAAGGGCAGAUAAAACCGAAACCUCCGCACGUUAGGCAGCACAUUUUUCCGUGAUUUCCGUCCGUGAAAGGGUGAAUCAUUUUUACAGCCUCAUCGUUUUAGAAGCAUGUUUCUCUACACUGCAUCACUCAACCACCUACGAACGAUUGGAAACAUCACCCACGAGUACUAUAUUGUGAUACGGCGCCGAGACACCGCGGGGACGAUGUACGAAACGAACACAAACGGUUCGCUCUAGACACAGGUAAUAACGCAACGGACAGGAUAGAAGAUCGACUGCUUUUCAGCUUCUCUUGGACGGAACGGAACAGUAGAAUUGAAAGUGCCACGGAACUUAUGCUUAACGUAGGGCAGCACCGGGGAAGAAACAGUUGGAACCACAAAAACCAGCUACACAGCCGGGCGCUAAGGUGGAGAAUGUUAAUGUAAAAAGGGUAUUAUACUUAAAACAACGCACAGAAAGAACUCUGCCAAAUUGCUGCGCCAUUCUGAAAGCCAAAUGCGCUUCUUUUGCGCAUCCCUCUUUAGUUGCGUAUGAAGAGUAACGAAUAUCACGAAUAGGCGGGCAACACAAUCCUUGUAUUGACCAAGAUGCUCGAAUGAACUCCACACAUCCGGGUCGUUGCCGUUGGCAGCGUCUCCGUGUACCUUCCGUUAUUUAGCGUACUACAGAAUCUCCUUUGAUACAAACCGUUGGAUUUGAAACGAAACAUUCUUCCUACACAACGGCACCUAAAAUGGAGCCAACUGGGGAAUUGGGAAACAGUUUUACACACGCAAUGCGAAAAUUGUACAAUAAAGCACCGAAGGAUGGUGGACUAGCACACGAGCGACUUGCUUGUAGAAAGGAUGGUAAGAAGCGAUAG